UUUCGCUCUCAGGAUCCUCUUUUUAUUAAGCUCUCUGUUUAUAUACAUAAAUAAAACUAAUAAAGAAGAAGAAGAAAACGAAACAACAGAGCAUAAAGAUCCUUAAAAUCUUCUUCUUCUUUAUUCCAAUGGCUCUUCCGUUGCCAUUGAUCUUAUUACUUGUCUUCUCCCAUUUGUUCAUUUCUGGAGUUAGAUCAACGAGCUUCGUUAUGGUGAACAAAUGCGAUUACACAGUCUGGCCCGGACUUUUAUCAAACGCCGGAGUUCCACCACUUCCGACGACCGGAUUCGUACUCCAAAAAGGCGAAGAGCGAACAAUCGACGCUCCGACUUCAUGGGGAGGAAGAUUCUGGGGGAGAACUCAAUGCACCACCGACACCGACGGUAAAUUCACUUGCCUCACCGGAGAUUGCGGAUCCGGUACCGUCGAAUGCUCCGGAUCCGGCGCGACGCCUCCGGCUACGCUUGCGGAAUUCACACUCGACGGAUCUGGUGGUUUCGAUUUCUACGACGUGAGCCUCGUCGACGGUUACAACGUCCCGAUGCUAGUGGUUCCCCAGGGAGGCUCGGGGUUGAACUGCAGCAGCACCGGAUGCGUUGUGGAUCUUAACGGAUCGUGUCCGUCAGAGCUGAAGGUGACGAGUUUAGACGGCGGAGGUAAACUGUCCAUGGGAUGUAAAAGCGCGUGUGAAGCUUUCCGUACGCCGGAGUAUUGCUGCAGCGGCGCUUACGGUACACCGGACACGUGUAAACCGUCGUCGUACUCGUUGGUGUUCAAAACCGCGUGCCCACGUGCUUACAGCUACGCUUACGAUGAUCAGAGCAGCACCUUCACAUGCGCCAAGUCCCCUAAUUACGUCAUCACGUUUUGCCCAUCUCCUAACACCAGUCAAAAAUCAUCUCAAGAUCAGAGCCCAGAUCCGAAACAGACAACGCCAUCAGGAACUUCGUCGACGACGAGUCCUUCCGGAGGUAGUGGUACGUCGUGGUCGCCGGUGGAUACGUCAAUGAUAUACGAAGGAGCUUUGGAUCAGAGCAAAGGAUCACCGUCCACUUGUCAUGUUUCUUCGUUAUGUGGAAUCACAGUCACUCUUGCGCUGGCCUUUUGUCGGAUGUGGCGGCUCUUUUGACCUAACUUUGUCUCCCGCGUAAAACACUGAAUCAGGACGUUGUGGGCCAUCACUGACUAAAAGCCUUAUCUCGUUCAGGCCCAUGUAACCUUUUUAACCUCAGAACGACGUCAGAUUGAGUCAGAACUGAGAAAAAAAGAAGGUAUCAAUCACUUGAAAAAAAGCUCGUUACACCAAGUAAACCCUUCAUGGGAGGAUUCUUAAUUUUGGGUGAGGAACACGUGGGAAAGAAAGUGGGCUGAUGGUGCUGGUGGAGUUCAUAAAGGCCGGGGAAUGUUAAAUUUGUAAGGUCAGGAUAUUUGCUUGAUUUUUAUCAAUAUAAUUAGGAUUAGGAGAAUAUUAUUAUAUAUGUACACUAUAUGUUAAAGUAAUCUAUGUAGUUUUAAAUCCAUAAAUAUUGGAGAAAGAUGGGGGAAUAUUUCAUUUGUUUGUUAUCUGAUUGAUGCCUGCGUUGGCCA